AUGGUAGUGUCACGCUGGGCUACAGCCUAUACAGUUCCUGAGGAAGUUGUUGACUUUUUGUCUCUGAACAAUAUUUCGUAUGUGCGAAUUCCCCCGAGCAAAUGCUUAUCGUUGAGACUAGUGACCUCACUUACUCCUAGGGUAGUUUUCCCUUAUCGGAACUUUUGGUCCUAUGGUUUGGGUGCUCAGAAAGCGUUAUAUCUGUACCAUGACCUCAUUCGUAGGUUCGACUCAAUGGUUAGUACGGCAGAGAAAAGAGGUAUUUCCAUCACAGCGCCUCCGAUGGAAAUUGUGGAAGAAAAUGCCUCUGUGAUCCAAUAUAUUCUCUUUUUAAGCAAUUUGGAAGUUGUUCACUCUAUGUGUGAUUCUCCGUUUUCUCCUAUCAGUGGAAGGUGCUAAUUCAUUUAGUUUCUUUUUGGGUGUCUA